AACACGCGCUACCUACAUAACCUACAAAUCGUCAAAUCAGUCGUCGGUCGGUCGGUCCGCGCGUAUUCAUGCCGUUCACAGCAGUUCACAGCUGAUGAUGUGCUUCAUGUGUUGUGUCUACGCCGGUAUUUGUUUAUAUCGUGUGCAGGGUGUGCAAACUCCUCUGACGAUGCAUCCCGACGUUCCGAACAAUUGCUGAGCCGCGUCGCAAUUCGUGAAUCGUGAUUCGAAAGCGACAGAAACAAAAACGAACCCUCGUCGAUGAUUCAUGCCAACACUUUCUCUCGGCAAUAAGGUUAUGUCCAUGAUCAUUGGUGAGACGACGACGACGACGACGACGACGACGACGACGACGACGGGAUCAGCGACUGUAUCGGGCACACGCGUUUCACCAGGGCGCGAACGCUCUCGCGAUGAUAAGGACUGGCGGUAUGCUGGACGGCCGUGAGUUUGGCAAACGUGUGCGUCGUGUCCUGGACGGCAAUUACUCGUAUCGUAAAAUUCUCUUAAUCGUCCUGGUAUGCGGCGGCCUGUUGCUGUACUUCGGCCCGCCCUUCGCUCAAUGGCUCUUUUCCUCCGCCAGAGAGCCUAUAGAAGCAUUUGAAGAUCAUUGCAUGAAUGAGAGAUUGGCUAGUUUCUACUUUGAUGCUGUUGAAUAUAAUGCAAAUAUUCUGCACAACCCACCUAAGAAGAAUGAACAUUCUUAUCUGCCGUAUAUUGGCAAUGGUGUUUUUGGAGUUCCCAUUUCUCCAGAAGCCUGGCUGUAUAUUAAACAUAGGAGAGCGCUCUUGCUGCCUGUACAAUGGCAACCAUUGAUCUCGCAUCCUAUACCCAAAGAUAGCUCUUAUCGAGAAGCAACUAUUGUUCAUUUUACAAAUGGGAUUGUUUACAAGUAUCAGUGCCUUCGAGAGGGAUAUCACAUAGAAUUUCAAUAUUAUGCUCAUAGAGGUCUCGAUGGAAUUUUGGUGCAGACUAUAAAACUCUCUAAUCCAUUUUCACUUUCUCAAGAAAUACCAUUAAAGUCACAGGAAUCCAUUCACUGGAGUAAUUCUCAUAUAGAGCCCAUCAGAAUUCAAGUGGAUGGGCUUAAUCAUGAUUACUCUUUCGUAUCUGGAUUCGUAUCUGCGCCCAACUCUAACAAGAUAAUAGUUGUAUCGAUAAUUUACAAGGCUCCGCCUAAAACAGUGCAGGUAAAAGCACAUAGUUCCGUUAAAUUAGAAUUCUUGUCAAGCAUUCAGUACAGCGAGCCAAUCUCGUCCGAGUACUAUCAUGUGGAACGCGAUGCGACUAAGAAGAGAGCUGUCGAUUUGAUGAGAAAGGCGAUUGCGCGCCAGCAGCGAAGCCUGAGAGAGGAGCAUGUAAAUCUCUGGCAGAGUUAUUGGUACACGAGUCUGAGGAUAAGUGAUUCCAAGGCCGACGGUGCCAUCAAUGGCUACAAGAUUAAUUCUACCAUGUAUUACGUAUUGUCUCAGGUUCCGCGAAGUGUUCAAGAUGUCGAGAAAAAUAUUGCUAUGAACGAAGGAUGCUAUCGAGGUCACCAUACUUUGGAUGCUCCUCGCUUAUGGAAAGAUACCUCAACUAUCGAUGCCGUCAACGAGAUAGUUGAGGCAUGGUUGAUAACAUUGGAAAAGCAAGGUUGCCAUCAUCUAGUGAUCGGAGGUCCUGCGGCUGUACAGCAGGCAAUCGUGUUGAGUCUCGGUAGCCUGAGAUUCAGUAAUCAACAUCUCGAAUUCAAUAUCGAUCCUCAGUAUCUUCAUCGCGAUUAUUUGUUUAGACGUAUAAGUUACGGAAAUUUAACGCAUGUAAAUAUAUCCGUAACAGUUGGUGAGGAUAAUCGUGCGAUAUUAGGAGUAGCUUUAGAUAAAAGUGAUAGUGUUUACUUUGGAUGUGAUGCCGGCUGUUUGGACGCACCAGUUCCUCUCGACCAGACUUACACGAAUUUUCCCGUAAAAUUGACGAAGCCACUAACCGCAAUACUUUACAUAACAUCCGAUCAUCAGCACAUGCAAGAUCUUCGUAAUGCUCUGCAUGUGCACGAAGUAGAUGAUGCGCCGGCACACGAUCACCAGGUGAUGGCUUUGCACAAGCAUGGACACCAACUCGGAGGCUUGCCCACAUUAUUCUGGGUUAGCAUAUGUUUUCUGAUAAUUGUGUUUCAUUUGUUUCUAUGUAAGCUCAUUUUUAACGAGUAUUAUGGUCAUCAAGAUCGGCCACGAGUUCGAUAUAAUAAACCGUGAUAUAAUUGUACAUAAUUUUUUUGUUGAGAUGUAUAUAUGUACAUUAUAACGCGCGCGCGCGCGCGCGCGCGUGUGUGUGUGUGUGCGUGUGUGUGUGCGUGUGCGUGCGUGCGUGCGUGCGUGCGUGCGUGCAUGUGAGUGAGCAUGUGCGAUACCCUCGCACGUAUCACAAUAUAACCAGUAGGACCACUUCGCAAAAAAUACGUGUUUGCGCAGAUAUCGCCACGCAACUUUUGGAUUGGAUCCAAUGAAUCCGUAUUAUUAUUUAUCUGUUUUAUCACUUAUGAGACACUAUUUUCUUGAUUCGCAACUUUUGCUUUGGGCUGGAUUCAAUUAAUCCGUAUUAUUACUUAUCUGUUUUAUUAUACUUAUGAGACACUAUUUUCUCUAUUCGGUUCUGGAUUUUUUAAAUGGUAACAUAGUGAAUGUUUACGUGAUCUGAAUGAAAUCAAAGAUGCCGACACGAAGUGUCCUACUGGUAAUACGUAUGUAUAUACAUGUACACAUAUAUAUAUAUAUAUAUAUAUAUUUUUGCAAGUCAUAUAAUUAGUGGAUUAAUUUUUUUUUUAAUAAUGAGGUGUGUAUGUGUGUGCGUACAUGUCUUAAUGUAAAAGUCGUAUUUUUAUAGCAUUAAGUUUUCUGACUAAAACAAAAGCUACGAGCAAACAUAUUUAUCUAUCAAUCAUUCUAAAAUUAUAAAUUAAAGUAUUACCACUUUUUUCGCGCGUCUUACAAUUCUCUUAUUAUUUUUGUUGUUGCAUAGAAUCUUGAUGUAACAUAAGAGGAAAGGAUUGUAAGAAUCAGCCGCAUUUAGUGCUGAUUAUACGACAAAAAUAAUUUGUUGACAACAUUUAUUAGAGAAUAUUUUAAAUGUAUAAUAAACUGUAUUACAACAUAAAUAAAUGCGUACAUAAUGUAACAAUUAAUGUAUGAUGAUAUUAUUGGUGAGAAAGAUACGUAUGCUAACAAUAAGUUAUAAUUGCCUAACGAGAUAAUAAAUGUGAUCAAGCAUUCUUGGAAUGUUUAUGAAUGACUA